AUGAAGUUGGCUUUAGCUCUAGCGUUCAACUUGAUCCCGGCCCUCGCCGCCGGUCACUUCAAGCUAGAUUUCGAGGUGCUCCACGGAAACAGCAAGCUGGACUUGGGUAAGGACAGAAAACCCACCUUUGUCAAGAGAGCAGACGCCGAGGAGAUGGAGCUCCACAACGAGCAGUCUUUCUACAGAGCCGACUUGAAGAUCGGCACUCUGGGUGACAAGGUCGGCGUUUUGGUCGACACGGGUUCCUCCGACCUCUGGGUGAUGCCGCCAGACGUGGUUUGUGGUGUCACUCCAUCGAUGAAGAAGCGAGGCUUGACCUCUGGCGUGCAACACGACGCAGAGUUGAAAAAGAGAAAGAACUUUGCUAAUCUCGAUGCCUUGGAGGAGGCCAUCAGAGCCCACGACGAAUUGGACGAAUUGGACAACCAGAACAAGCAGGUGGUUGAACCUUCCAAGCUGAUCAACUUGCCCACCGAGGCUGUUCAACAGAAGGAGUGUAACGGUAUGUUCUGCUUUUCUACCGUCUGGGUCACCUCGGCUCCUACUGGUCUGAGCGGUGGUGGUGGCGGCAGCGGUGGCGGUAGCGGCGGCGGCGGCGGCGGCGGCGGCGGCGGUGGCGAUUUCUCUGCUGCUGGUCCAGCUUCCAGAACCACCAACACGUGUACCGAAUAUGGCUCGUACGAAACCGACAACUCCGACACCUGGUCUCGUAACGACACGGCUCCCGAGUUCUACAUCCAGUACGCUGAUGGCACGUCCGCUACUGGUGUGUGGGGCCAGGACAGCAUGGUCUUUGGCGACACCAACGUGACCGACUUGAGUUUUGCCUUGGUGAACCACUCCGAUUCCGCUUUCGGUGUCUUGGGUAUCGGUCUUCCUGGCUUGGAGUCCACAUACACGGGUCUCAAAGUCUCGGGAACCCCAUACCAGUACGAGAACUUGCCCAUGAGAUUGGCCCGCCAGGGUCUCAUCAAGAAGAACGUGUACUCGCUUUAUCUCAACUCGCCUAAAUCCAACACGGGCUCGAUUUUAUUUGGUGCCAUUGAUAAAGCCAAAUACCUGGGCCAGUUGGAGACCGUGCCCAUUGUCAACGUUUACGAGGACACUUACAAAGACCCUAUCCGUUUGGACGUCACCAUGAGUGGCCUUUCAUUCCAGAGCUCCAGCCAGAACGAGUCCAUCACCUCCAACAGCUACCCUGCGUUGUUGGAUUCGGGUACCACCCUUACAUACCUCCCCAGCGACCUUUUGAAGAGAGUCACGUCGUUGUUCUCGGCAAAGUACUCGUCGUCGUACGGAUACUACCAGUUGAGCUGUGACUUCAACACCGACAACGCCCACAUUGUCUUCAACUUCAGCGGUGUCAAGAUCAAGGUUCCUGUGUCUGAGUUCGUCAUCACCGCCGGCAGAAACCAGUGUUUCUUGGGUGUCAUGGAGCAGUCGUCGCAGGUUGCUGGUACCGACUAUGCUGUUUUGGGAGGCAACUUCUUGAGAAGCGCCUACGUUGUCUACGACUUGGACGACUUCACCAUCAGUAUGGCGCAGGCCAACUACUCCGAUAAUGAGGACAUUGAGGUUGUGGAGUCGUCGAUUCCCGACUCUGUGAGCGCCGCCAGUGCCAGCGUUUCGCCCGCUUUUGGAAGCUCAUCAGGCAGCGACUCUGACUCUUCGGUCAGUGCGCUCAACUCUGGCAACAUGAGAAAAUCCAAGGCAUCCAGUGCUCACUUGAGCUGGCCAUUGGUAGCAAUGGUGGCUGGUGUGAGUGCGUUUGCAUUGGUUUAG